GCACCACCGCUUCUCGCGGGAAGUGAUGACAAGCGCGCCAAGUUUUGCAAAGAGAGAGUCAGAGUGCAAAACUUAAAAAGAGCUGCUUGUCGAAUCGGUACCACAGUUCUAGAGCUGGGGUCGGAGACGUGGGUUUGUGGAAUGCCACCAUUCCGCUAUAACAGACUAUAACAGUAUUUGGUAGAUCGGGAGCAUUGCCUGGUAUAGUGCUGUGUGACCCCAACAUACUGGCAGAUAUACAGAGCACGGAUGAUAACGACGCUUGCUGAGGAUACAGCGAGUAAGAAUCCGGACAGGGCAGCGAGGCUAACAUCAACACAUAAUGGUUCUGCAAAACAGCGGAAGAUUCAAAGCGGACCGGGACAGGGGCCAGAGCGGAGACCAGGAAAACCAGCAGGAUGAUGCCUCGGCGAUGUCCGCUCUUAAGCGGCUGGAGCGCAGUCAGUUCACAGACGAGAUGGACGCUCGCUUCGGCUUCGAGAGGAUGAAAGAUCCAGGAGAGAAGACAGGCUGGCUCAUCAACAUGCACCCGACGGAGAUCCUAGACGAUGACAAACGCAUGGUCAGUGCCGUCGAUUAUUACUUCAUUCAGGAGGACGGCAGCAGGUUUAAGGUUGCACUUCCCUUUAAACCCUAUUUCUACAUAGCAACUAAGAAGGGCUGCGAGAGAGAGGUGAUCUCCUUCCUUUCUAAGAAGUACCAGGGGAAAAUCGCCAAGCUGGAGGUCAUGCCCAAGGAGGACCUGGAUCUGCCCAAUCACCUGGUGGGUCUGAAGAGGAACUACGUCAAGCUGUCCUUCAACACCGUCGACGACCUCAUCAAAGUGAGGCGCGAGAUCUCUCCAGCCGUGAGGAAGAACCGGGAGCGCGAGAAAUCCAACGAUGCCUACACCGCCAUGCUGUCCAGUGCGCUGGCAGGGGGCAGCAUGACUACCCUGGACGAUGAUGGCCCCUCCAAAAAGAUCACCGACCAGCUGGACAACGUUGUGGACCUGCGGGAGUACGACGUGCCCUACCACGUGCGGCUGUCCAUCGACCUGAAGAUCCACGUGGCUCACUGGUAUAACGUGCGUUACCGUGGCAGCGCCUACCCCCCAGAGAUUGUGCGCAGGGAUGACUUGGUGGAGCGGCCGGACCCGGUCGUGUUGGCGUUCGAUAUUGAGACCACCAAGCUGCCCUUGAAGUUCCCCGACGCGGAGAGCGACCAGAUCAUGAUGAUGUCAUACAUGAUUGAUGGACAGGGCUACCUGAUCACAAACCGUGAGAUUGUGUCGGAGGAUAUUGAGGAUUUUGAGUUCACCCCCAAACCAGAGUACGAGGGCCCCUUCACUGUGUUUAAUGAGCCUGAUGAGGCCCGUUUGAUUCAGAGAUGGUUUGAACACAUCCACGAGACCAAGCCCAACAUCUUCGUCACCUACAAUGGAGACUUCUUCGACUGGCCCUUUGUGGAGACGCGGGCAGCACAGCACGGCCUUGACAUGUACCGCGAGAUCGGCUUUCAGAAGGACAGCCAGGGAGAGUACAAGGCCAGCCAAGCCAUUCACAUGGACUGCUUCAGGUGGGUGAAGCGAGACAGCUAUCUGCCGGUGGGCAGUCAAAACCUGAAGGCGGCAGCGAAGGCCAAGCUGAGCUACGACCCCGUGGAGCUGGACCCGGAGGAAAUGUGCCGCAUGGCCACGGAGCAGCCGCAGACAUUGGCGACCUAUUCGGUGUCAGAUGCUGUUGCCACCUACUACCUGUACAUGAAGUACGUGCACCCCUUCAUCUUCGCGCUGUGCACCAUCAUUCCUAUGGAGCCUGAUGAGGUCCUGCGGAAGGGCUCUGGCACCCUGUGUGAGGCUCUCCUGAUGGUCCAGGCCUUCCACGCCAACAUCGUCUUCCCCAACAAGCAGGAGCAGGUCUUCAACAAGCUGACGGACGACGGCCACGUGCUGGACUCUGAGACCUACGUGGGGGGCCACGUGGAGGCGCUGGAGUCCGGGGUCUUCCGCAGCGACAUCCCCUGCCGCUUCAAAAUGAACCCGGCCGCCUUCGACUUCUUGCUGCAGCGAGUGGAGCAGACCCUGCGGCACGCCAUCGAGGAGGAGGAGAGCAUCCCCAUGGAGCAGGUCACCAACCUGGACGAGGUGUGCGAGGAGAUUAAGAAGAAGCUGGUCUCUCUGAAGGAGGUGCCCAACAGGAUCGAGUGUCCCCUCAUUUACCAUCUCGACGUGGGGGCCAUGUACCCCAAUAUCAUCCUCACCAACCGGCUGCAGCCUUCUGCCAUGGUGGACGAGGCCACUUGUGCCGCCUGUGACUUCAACAAACCUGGAGCCAACUGCCAGAGGAAGAUGGCAUGGCAAUGGAGAGGAGAGUACAUGCCCGCGUCACGCAGUGAGUACCACCGCAUUCAGCAGCAGCUGGAGUCCGAGAAGUUCCCGCCCUUCUUCCCGAACGGGCGCCCCCGGGCCUUCCACGAGCUGAACCGCGAGGAGCAGGCGAGGCACGAGAAGAAGCGGCUGGGAGAUUACUGCCGCAAGGCCUACAAGAAGGUGCGCACCACGCGGCUGGAGGAGCGCGUCACCACCAUCUGCCAGCGGGAGAACUCCUUCUACGUGGACACCGUGCGCGCUUUCAGAGACCGCCGCUACGAGUUCAAGGGGCUGCACAAGGUGUGGAAGAAGCUGUCUGUGGCCCAGGAGAGCGGGGACGCUGCUGAGGUGAAGCGCUGCAAGAACAUGGAGAUCCUCUACGAGUCCCUGCAGCUCGCUCACAAGUGCAUCCUCAACUCCUUCUACGGCUACGUCAUGAGAAAGGGGGCACGCUGGUACUCCAUGGAGAUGGCUGGGAUUGUGUGCCACACUGGAGCCAACAUCAUCACACAGGCUAGGGAGCUGGUGGAGCAGAUUGGGAGACCCCUGGAGCUGGAUACAGACGGGAUCUGGUGCGUCCUCCCCAACACCUUCCCUGAGAAUUUCGUUGUCAAGACGACCAACGAGAAGAAGCCCAAGGUGACGAUCUCCUACCCUGGAGCCAUGCUGAACAUCAUGGUCAAGGAGGGCUUCACCAAUCACCAGUACCAGGAACUGAAGGACCCGGCCUCGCUCACUUACGAGACUCGCUCAGAGAACAGCAUCUUCUUUGAGGUGGACGGGCCUUACCUAGCCAUGAUCCUACCUGCCUCCAAGGAGGAGGGCAAGAAACUGAAGAAGAGGUACGCUGUGUUCAACGAGGACGGCUCUCUGGCUGAGCUCAAGGGCUUCGAGGUGAAGCGCAGGGGGGAGCUGCAGCUUAUCAAGAUCUUCCAGUCCUCCGUGUUCGAGGCCUUCCUCAAGGGCACCACGCUGGAGGAGGUCUACGCCUCCGUGGCCAUGGUGGCAGAUUACUGGCUGGACGUGCUCUACAGCAAGGGUGCCAACAUGCCGGACGCGGAGCUGUUCGAGCUGAUCUCAGAGAACCGCUCCAUGUCGCGCCGGCUGGAGGACUACGGAGAGCAGAAGUCCACGUCCAUCAGCACGGCCAAGCGGCUGGCGGAGUUCCUGGGUGACCAGAUGGUGAAGGACGCCGGGCUGAGCUGCCGCUACAUCAUCGCCAGGAAACCGGAGGGCUCGCCCGUCACAGAGAGAGCCAUUCCGCUGGCCAUCUUCCAGGCAGAGCCCAGCGUCCGCAAGCACUAUCUGCGCAAGUGGCUGAAGACCCCUGCCUUGCAUGAAAUGGAUAUCCGCACUAUCCUCGACUGGAACUAUUACAUUGAGAGGCUGGGCAGUGCCAUCCAGAAAAUCAUCACCAUCCCUGCCGCCCUGCAGCAGGUAAAGAACCCCGUUCCGAGGGUGAGGCACCCCGACUGGCUGCACAAGAAGCUUCUGGAGAAGAAUGACAUCUACAAGCAGAAGAAGAUCAGCGAGCUGUUCAGCAGUGAGGGAAAGAAACAGGUGGUGUCUCACCAGCCGGCAGGCAGCAGCAGUGAAGGCGGAGGGGUGGGUAACGUGGAAGACUUUGGGGUGAAGCGGGGCCCCCUGCAGCCCGCCAUCCCCAUCAGCACCAAGCGGAAGCGCGUCUCUCUGGGGGAGGAGAGCCAGGCGGAGUCCCAGGAGCUGGAGCUCACGCAGUCCUGGAGGGAGGUCCUGGGGCCACCCCCGCCCAGCGGGAACACACGGGAGGACAGGCUGGUCUGGCUUCGUUAUCACAAGAAGAAGUGGGAGCUGCAGGCUCGGCAGCGGCGGGAGCGCACCAAGAAGCGCAGGCUGGCGGACGGGGAGGUGCAGCCCGCGGGGGGAGGAGCCAUCCGGGGCGGCCCGACCACGGGGCUGGGCGGCUUCCUCAGGAGAACCGCCCGCAGCAUGCUGGACCUGCCCUGGCAGAUCGUGCAGAUAGCAGAGACGAGUCGGCCGGGUCUUUUCAAGCUCUGGGCGGUGGUCGGCUCUGACCUGCACUGCAUGAAGCUCAAUAUCCCGAGAGUCUUCUACGUGAACCAGCGAGUGCCCAAGCAAGAGGAGGGGGCCUUGUACAAGAAGGUGAGCCGGAUCCUGCCGCGCUCCAACGUGGUGUAUAACCUGUACCAGUACUCUGUGCCCGAGGAGAUGUACCAGGAGCACAUCAACGAGAUCAACGCAGACCUCUCCGCGCCCGACAUCGAGGGGGUCUAUGAGACACAGGUUCCCCUGCUGUUCAGAGCCCUGGUCCAACUGGGCUGCGUCUGCAUGGUCAACAAGCAGCUGUCCCGAGAGAUGGCCGGCCGGGAGGCUGACACCUUUGACCUAGAGCACCUUGAAAUGAGGUCACUGGCCCAGUUCAGCUACCUGGAGCCAGGCAGUGUGCGUCACAUCUACCUGUACCACCACGGCCAGGGCAACAAGGCUCUGUUUGGACUCUUCAUUCCGUCCCAGCGCAAGGCCAGCAUCUUCGUCUUGGACACGGUCCGCAGUAACCAGAUGCCCAGCCUGACGGCCCUGUACGCUGCGGAGCGUGCCGCCCUGCUGGAGAAGCUGGGGGAGGACCUGCUGCCCCCCGAGAAACACACCUUCGAGGUGCGGGCUGAGAGCGACCCCAAGACCGUCUACCGGGCUCUGCAGAGGGCACUGCUCAACUACAAGGACGAGCGCCGCGGGCCCACCCUCAUCGCGGUGCAGUCCAACUGGGAGCUGCGGCGGCUGGCGGCCGGGAUGCCAGUGCUGGAGGAGUUCCCCGUGGUGCCGGUGCACGUGGUGGACGAGAUCAGCUACAGCGUGCUGGACUGGCAGCGCCACGGGGCACGGAGGAUGCUGCGGCACUACCUCAACCUGGACAGCUGCCUCUCGCAGGCCUUUGAUAUGGCCAGGUACUUUCACCUGCCGGUGGGUAACCUGCCCGAGGAUGUGUCCACCUUCGGGUCGGACCUGUUCCUGGCGCGGCACCUCCGCCGCCACAACCACCUGCUGUGGCUCUCCCCCACCGCGAGGCCUGACCUGGGGGGCAAGGAGGCAGACGACAGUCGUCUGGUGAUGGAGAACGAGGAGAGGAGCUCUGUGGAGCUCAACACUCAAGGCUGCUACUCCACAGUGUGCGUGGAGCUGGACCUGCAGAGCCUGGCUGUCAACACCAUCCUGCAGUCUCAACACGUCAACGACAUGGAGGGCGGAGCCAGCAUGGGGGUGAGCUUCGACGUCAUCCAGCAGGCCUCCCUCGAGGAGAUGAUGUCAGGCAACCAGGGCGCAAGCUCGCUGGCCAGCUACGACGAGACUGCCCUCUGCUCCAACACCUUCAGGAUUCUGAAGAGCAUGGUGGUGGGCUGGGUGAAGGAGAUCACUCAGUUUCACAACGUCUACGCUGAUAAUCAGGUGAUCCACUUCUACCGCUGGCUACGCUCCCCCAGCUCGCUGCUGUACGACCCGGCAUUGCACCGCACCCUGCACAACAUGAUGAAGAAGGUCUUCCUGCAGCUGGUAGCUGAAUUCAGGCGCCUGGGUUCCUCUGUGGUUUAUGCCAACUUCAACCGCAUCAUCCUAUGCACCAAGAAACGAAGGAUUGAGGACGCCAUCGCGUACGUGGACUACAUCACCAACAGCAUUCAUUCCCGGGAGAUUUUCCACUCUCUCUCCAUCUCCUUCUCUCGCUGUUGGGAGUUCCUGCUCUGGAUGGAUCUGGCAAACUACGGGGGGAUCAAAGGCAAACUGCCGUCCAGCGUGCACUACGGAGAGGAGGACAAGAGCAGCUCAGCACGCCGACAGCGAGAGGAGCAGGAGGAGGGCAGUGAGGAUGAAGAUGAAGAGACAGCGCCGCCUGGUGGUGAGGAGGAGGAGCAGCUGGAGAGCGAGGAUGUGGAGGAGCUCAUCGAGAGUAACUGGAACAUCAUGCAGUACCUGCCUCAGACCGCGUCCUGCCAGAGCUACUUCCUAAUGAUCGUCUCCGCCUAUAUCGCAGCUGUCUAUCACAGCAUGAGGGAGGAGCUACGCCGCAAUGCUCCGGGAGCCACGCCCAUCAAGCGGAGGGGGGGCAGCCAGGUUUCCCAGGAGGCCGUGGGUGACAGCAACGCUCUGCCUGGGAUGAUCACAUUCUCCCAGGAGUAUGUCUCCAGCGAGCUCACCCAGAACUUCUUCACCAUCACCCAGAAGAUCCAGAAGAAGGUGACGGGUUCCAGGAACACCACAGAGACCUCGGAAAUGUUCCCAGUGCUGCCGGGAUCCCACCUGCCCCUCAACAACCCAGCGCUGGAGUUCAUCAAAUACGUCUGCAAGGUGCUGUCUUUAGACUCCAACAUCACCAAUCAGGUGAACAAGCUGAAGAGGGACCUGCUGCGGCUGGUGGACGUGGGUGAGUUCUCUGAGCACGCCCAGUUCAAGGACCCCUGCCAGUCCUACAUCCUACCCGAAGUCAUCUGCCGGCACUGCAACUUCUGCCGAGAUCUGGACUUGUGCAAGGACCCCUCGGUGGUGCAGGAUGGUGUUGUGACUCCGCAGUGGUUCUGUUCUAACUGCCAGGCGCAGUACGAGACGGACGCCAUCGAGACUGCCCUGGUGGAGGCUCUGCAGAAGAAGCUCAUGACCUACACCCUGCAGGACCUGAUCUGCACGAAGUGUAAAGGGGUCAAGCAGGCCAACAUGCCCAUCUACUGCAGCUGUGCCGGAGACUUCAGCCUCAGCCUGUCCAUUAAGGGAUUUUCCGAGCAGAUCGGCGUCUUCCGGAACAUCGCUGCUCACUACAGCAUGCCCUUCUUGCGGGAGAACAUCGACUGGAUGCUGCAGAUGAACCCUGAGCUGGGCAAGGAGAAGGCGUGACCCCCAAACAGAGCAGCCUGGAACUGCUGCGUGCCCCCUGGAACUGGGAAAGGGGGGUUCUGCUUCCCUGUAAUGCAAGCUGGUCCCUUUUUAGAGGCUCUCGCCAAUACUGCUGGCUCUAAUCUGUGUAAAGCACAGCACCACAGGUGCAGAUGUUUUUUUGUAUUGUUGGUUUCUGGGCGCAGGACUGGCAACUGUGUACAAUGUGGUUUGAGGUGAAGGGAGAGGUUCAGACUUGACUGAAGUGCCUAGGCUGGGGUUAUCGCAGGAAUUUCUGUCUAGUUUUCUAUGUAAAGGUGUGUGUGUGUGUGUGUGUGUAUAUGUAUGUAUGCUUGUAUGUACGUGUGUGUGUGUGUAUGUCUGUGUAUGUAUGCUUGUAUGUACAAGCCUUAAGUAACUGGCCUUGCUGCUUUAUCCAAAUUGAACAGCUUUCACUGGUAAGGCUUCCAAUGUGGGUACCUGUUUUAUUUAUUUUUGUAUUUGUGAUCCAUGUUUUUGAAAGAAACUCCAACCUUUUAUAUUGAAUUCAGAAUUAAUCUGAAGCAGUGUGUUUAAAAAAAAAAAAAAAAAAGACAAAAACAAUAUAUUUUGUUGAACAUACCUGUAAAGAUUUCUAAAUAAUCUUGCAACUUUUUAAAACUGCACUUAAUGUUUCAUAGUAAACAUAAUAUUUGUGAUAAAUACGACACAUUCCCUUUGGGUACCAAUAUUCUCAACCGGAGGAAGCAGUGCCAGGCGAGAGAGGAUGGACUGCUGGGAUUCGCAGUGUGGACGGGUUUAGUACUUUGUAAUUUUUUUGAAGUUGAGUAAUAAAUAAAUAAAUGCA